GCGGAGAGCAGCCAGAAUUUUUGGCCUGCGAAAUAGGUGAACCAUACCUGUGAACAUACUUAUCGACCUCUCAGGACGGGUUUUGGUCUACGAAGUCCACUUCACGCCCUCUAGGUCCAACCAGUUACGAUCGAGGAUAAAAAGAGGACGCACAAUCCAAAUCUCACAAUGGCCAAAGACAAAUCUACUCCUGCGGUGGACGCCAAAUUGUCCAAAGAGGAGCGCAAGGCGGCGCGCAAGGCAGAGAAAAAGGCCGCGAAGAAUGGCGCGGAGCCCACGGGCGUGACGAAGAGCAAGUCCGACAAGAAAGACAAGAAGGAGAAACGUAAGGUUCUCGCCGAGAAAGCCCUGAAUGAGAUCGACGGCGGCAAGAAGAGCAAGAAAACCAAGUCUGAAGACGAUGAUGAAGAUGAGGAGGACGAGGAUAUGGAGGGUGAUACGGCGAACGAGAUCAAUGGCGACGACGAAGACGAGGACGACGAGAACGAAGUUGUCAAGAAGAACGAGGCAAGUCUAGCGACUAAACCUGCUGGUCCGCUCGUGCCGUUUGCCAACCCCCUCGCCGACGACAAGGUCGCGAAGAAGGUGUUCAAGUGUGUUAAGAAAGCUGCCGCCCACCGCACCCUGAAACGCGGCGUCAAAGAAGUCGUCAAAGCCCUACGCAAAUCCGCUGGAUCUUCGGGCGAGGCCACCCCUAUCGGUGUCGUCGUUCUCGCGGCGGACAUCUCGCCUAUGGAUGUGAUUUCGCAUAUCCCUGUCCUUGCCGAGGAUCACAGCAUUCCGUAUAUCUACGUGACUAGCCGUGCUGAGUUGGGGACUGCCGGUCAGACGAAACGGCCAACGAGUGUUGUUAUGGUGAGUCGAGAUCCUGCGAAAAAGGGCGAUAAGAAAGAGGAUAGUAGCGAGGAGAGUUGGGAAGAGACGUAUAAGGGGUUGGUUAAGGUUGUGGAGCGGGAGGGACGACAUGUCAAGAUCUAGAUCACUCAGACUGUGGUUGGGAUACUGUUGCUUGCUUUUGUCGGGAUAGGAGAGUGCGAGGCGCUCUGU